AUGCCUCGAGAUGCCGCGGCAAAAAAGAGUAAAACCCAUAAGAACCAAGGGAAAAACGGGAAUCCGACUCGCUUCGGUAAAAGCUCCGCUGACGCGGCCCCAAAUUCUGCAAACGAGACUGGGACUAGGAAUGAUCCGGACCUGUCCAAAAGAUUCGAAGUGGACAACACCGACGAUGAGAGUACGGAGGCUGGGAUAGAGGUUUUAGAUCUGACCCCCAAGGAUUCCUCCAAAGGCAAAGCCUCUCCCCCAGUUGUAGCCCCAAAAAGCCUCGCGUUGAAUGACGAGACCAUUGCUACCCUCGUGGAAAAGCAUCUGGCGGCGGAGAAAGCUGGCGACCAAGAAGCAUCGGACCUCUACUUUGCAAUGUUCAAAUCCUUGAUGUCAACAAAGCCCCCCGUGCAUUCGGCUCAAACCCCGGUGUCAGCCUCGGCCGAAGACCUCAGCAACAAGGCGCGUCCAAAAAAGCUGGUCAACCCCGACCCUUACGCUAAGUACGCCCUGAUCCCCAAAUACCACGAAGACAAGGAGAAUCACUCGGAUGGUGAAUCCGUGGCCCCGAACGUCGCUAACGCGGCGGGCCCGUCUUCCCUCCCAGCAAAACCCGCUGGCGGUAGAGCCCCAAAGGGUAGCGGGUACAAAGGCAACAAUUUCGACCCAAAUCACGCCGCGAAGCAAGGCGCGCAAGGGAACGGGAAAGCUCCCCAGUAG